AUGGCGACGGUUAAGCUAAACAAGCAAGUCUCCGAGAAGGUCAGAGAGCUCAACGCACUGGGCACGUUUUUGACUGAUGUUCGACUCGGAGCCGUUGCCCGCAAGCUCUCGGAACUACCCAUGGCGAAGGCCUUGGAGGUUCUCCAAAGUGUGGUAGAUGCAGCUGAAGGGGGAGAUGAAUCAGCACAGCAAGAUCCCACUAUGGCUGUCAUCGAGGCGACCAAGAAAGCUCAGAAGGAAGAUCAAGAGCAAGAAGUGGAGAUUGAAGCCGAACCAGUGCCCGAGCCAGAAGAUCCCCCACAGCAGGAGUCACAAGAUGGGAAAUGGAAUCAGGAAUCAGGUGGCUGGAACGACAAGAAGUGGGGUGAGAAAACAGAGGAGGGCGAGGACUGGAACAAGGAGGACUGGAAAGAUGAUGGCGAUGUUCCAGACCUCACAGAGUCGGUCCGUAAUCGCGUUCUGAAAUUGAACGCGUCUGGUAAGCUCUGCUCUGAGAUUGACCUGGACAAGAUUGGAAGUGGUCUUGCCAAACUGUCUGAGCCAAUCGCACUACAGCUCUUGAAGGCCUCGUAG